AUGUUUAUCAAGCAGAUUAUCAUCCAAGGCUUUAAGAGCUAUAAAGAUCAAACCGUCAUCGAACCCUUUUCUCCAAAGCACAAUGUGAUUGUUGGUCGCAAUGGCUCCGGCAAGAGUAACUUCUUUGCUGCCAUUCGGUUCGUUCUUAGUGAUGCCUAUACACAUAUGGGAAGAGAAGAGCGCCAGGCGCUGCUACACGAAGGCUCAGGUUCCGCGGUGAUGUCGGCGUAUGUUGAAAUUAUAUUUGACAAUUCGGACGACCGUUUCCCAACAGGCAAAGAUGAGCUCAUACUACGCCGUACCAUCGGCUUGAAGAAGGAUGAAUAUACUCUGGACCGGAAGAAUGCUACCAAAUCUGACGUCAUGAACUUACUUGAGUCUGCUGGCUUCUCGAGGUCAAACCCGUACUAUAUUGUCCCACAAGGCCGAGUGACAACCCUAACGAACAUGAAAGACUCCGAACGGUUAGUGCUUCUGAAAGAAGUUGCGGGAACUCAGGUUUAUGAAGCACGCCGUACGGAGUCUCUAAAGAUAAUGAACGAGACCAACAAUAAAAGAGCGAAGAUUGACGAACUGCUCGAUUAUAUCAACGAGAGGCUUGGCGAGCUUGAAGAGGAAAAGGACGAGCUUAGAAACUUUCAAGAGAAGGAAAGGGAGAGGCGUUGCCUUGAGUACACUAUCUAUUCUCGGGAGCAGGCUGAGAUUGCAAGUGCUCUAGAAAGUAUUGAUGACCAAAGACAAGCAGGGGUUGAAGACACGGACGCCAAUAGAAACAGACUCAUGCAGGGUGAAAACGAUAUUGCUCAAAUUGAGACCCAAAAGGCAGAGCUCAGGCAACAAAUGGAACUUCUGAAGCUGGAAAAAGACCAGCUGGAGGACGAUAGACGGGAUGCAUCCCGAGCUCUUGCGCAAGCCGAAUUACAGCGAAAGUCCCUCUCAGAAGGCCAGAGCGCUGCUCAGAGGUCAAAAGCUGAGCGUGAAGCGAAUGUUGAGCGAGUGAAUGCUGCCAUUAAGGAACGUGAAGAGGAGUUGAGCACGCUAGUCCCUCAGUUCAACGAAAUGAAAGAACGAGAAGACCAGGCAAAAUUCAAUUUGAAUGAUGCCGAAACUGGCAGACAGCGCCUAUAUGCAAAGCAGGGACGAAUUUCUAGGUUUAGGAAUAAAGGCGAGCGUGAUAAGUGGCUACAUGGCGAAAUACAGAAUACUCAUGCGCAAGUUUCGACCGUCAAGGCUGUUCGAAUACAGACCACCAAGGAGAUUCAAGAGCUUGAGAAUGACAUCACGCUUCUGGAGCCGGAGGUUGAGAAGCUUCGAAAGGAGGCGGAUGGUUGGGGCGAUAACCUUCAAUCUAUUGAUCAAGAGGUUCAAACAGCCAAGGAUGAACGGGAUCGGCUAAUUGACCAGCGAAAAGAGCUUUGGAGAGAAGAAGCUAAGCUUGACUCGAUUCUCACCAACGCCACCCAUGAGGUGGAAAGAGCAGAGAGAUCACUUGCGCACAUGAUGGAUCAAAACACCAGCAGGGGCCUUGCAGCAGUACGACGCAUCAAAAGGCAAUAUAAUCUUGAGGGUGUCUAUGGAACGCUUGCAGAGCUCUUUGACGUUAGUGACAGAUAUCGUACAGCUGUUGAAGUUACUGCUGGUCAGAGUCUCUUCCACUAUGUUGUCGAUACUGAUGAGACAGCUACCAAAGUACUAGAGAUUUUGCAAAAGGAGAAGUCAGGGAGAGUCACUUUCAUGCCAUUGAACAGGUUAAAGCCAAGGGCCAGCAACAUUCCUCGUGCCAGCGACACAAUUCCAAUGAUUGAGAAGCUGCAAUAUGACCCUCGGUAUGAGCCAGCUUUCCAGCAAGUUUUUGGUCGGACAAUUAUCUGUCCAAAUCUUCAGAUUGCGUCUCAGUAUGCUCGCAGCCACGGCGUCAAUGCCAUUACCCCUGAAGGUGAUCGAUCUGACAAGCGUGGUGCUCUGACUGGUGGUUUCCAUGAUUCGAGAAAGUCUCGGCUUGAUGCAACAAAAAAUGUUGCCAAAUGGCGAGAUGAGUAUGAUGCAAAGAAGGCUCGAGGAGGAGAGAUCCGCCGUGAAUUGGAAAAGAUGGACCAAUUGAUUACGCAGGCAGUGGGACACCUUCAAAAAGCAGAGCAAAAGCGGCAGCAGCUACAUUCCAGCAAUGGGCCACUACGUCAGGAGAUCAAGAGCAAGCGGGAUCUACUACACAACAAAACUGACGCCCUCGAGGCGAAGAGACGCGCUCUUAAGAAUAUUGAGGUUAACGUGGAAUCACUCACUAGCCAAAUAACGGCCCACGAGGAGGAACUUGCCACGCCCUUUGAGAAGGCACUUUCGAAUGCUGAGGAAGCACGCUUAGAGAGUCUCAACUCUAUGGUGCAGGACCUUCGACGAGAGCAUGCGGCACUCUCCAGCAGCCGCAGCGAGCUAGAAACUAGAAAGUCCAUCUUGGAAGUGGAGUUGCGAGAAAAUCUUUACCCACAGCUGGAUCAUCUAGCCGGCCAAGGCCUUGAUGCUGGGGAAGAAACCGCUCAUGGAAACCUGAAGGAGAGCGAGAGGGAGGUCAAGAAGCAGCAGAAGGCGCUCGAGAAACUCAGCCAGAAACUUCAGAAACUGGAGAACUCCAUAGAACAACAAAACACCGAAGCUUCGCAGCUUGAGCAGCGUCGGGCGGAUAUAAAACGUGAGCUAGAAGAAUUCGCAAAGUCCAUUGAAAAGCACCAACGCCGCAUGGAAAAGAGCAUGCAGAAAAAGGCAGCGUUGACUGCUCAAGCAUUGGAAUGCAGUGCCAACAUUCGCGACCUCGGUGUGCUUCCUGACGAGGCCUUUACGAAGUUCAAAAACACGGAUUCCAACACAAUAGUCAAGAAGCUACACAAGGCUAAUGAAGCUCUCAAGAAAUAUUCACAUGUGAAUAAGAAGGCUUUCGAGCAGUACAACAGCUUCACUAAGCAGCGAGAGACUCUCACCAAACGUCGAGAGGAACUUGAUGCGUCCCAUAAGUCCAUUGACGAGCUCAUUAUGAUCUUGGAUCAGAGAAAGGAUGAGGCCAUUGAACGAACCUUCAAGCAAGUUUCUAGAGAGUUUGCGAGAAUUUUUGAGAAACUAGCCCCAGCCGGUCGAGGACGACUUAUUAUCCAGAGGAAAACUGAUGCUGCCACUAGACAGCAGGAGGAUAUGGACUCGGAUGAAGAGGAGGCUCGCCGUAGUGUGGAGAACUACAUCGGGGUUGGUAUCAGUGUUAGUUUUAACAGCAAACAUGACGAUCAGCAGAGGAUCCAACAGCUCAGUGGUGGUCAGAAGAGUUUAUGCGCGCUUGCUCUUGUUUUUGCCAUCCAGGCCUGUGAUCCCGCACCGUUUUACCUCUUCGACGAGAUUGACGCUAACCUUGACGCUCAAUACCGAACGGCUGUAGCCCAGAUGCUUCAGUCCAUAUCAGAAGAAACCAACGGCCAGUUCAUCUGUACAACAUUCCGACCUGAGAUGCUUCACGUUGCCGAAAAGUGCUACGGCGUAAGCUUCCGAAGCAAGGCCAGUACCAUCGAUGUCGUCUCGCGAGAGGAGGCUUUGAAGUUUGUUGACGAGCAGAAGUCCUGA